AUGGUCAACAUCGACUUUGAGAAAAUCCACCUCAACCAGCUGAAGCUCAGCGGGCGCAUGCGGAUCGCGGACCUGGGGCUCGGCUGGAAAGCCGCGUCCACCGCCGGCGCCCCGCCAGCUCCGCCGUUUUUGCUCCCUUCCGAGGAGCUCUUGGGCGCCAGCUGGUCGCGCGGGCUGCGCGCGUACGAGUUGCGGGUGCAGACGAAAAACCAGGGCGUGUUGCGGCUCGACGGCUUCGACAGCGAGGACUUCCUGAAGUUGAAGCAGGAGUUGCAGCGCAACUUCCACUUGGCGAUGGAGCACCGCGAGCACUCGCUCCGCGGCUGGAACUGGGGCUCCGCGGACUUGGCGCGCAACGAGUUGGUGUUCCAGGUGCACAACAAGCCCAGCUUCGAGAUCCCGUACCUGGAGGUGACCAACCUGAACCUCACCGGCAAGAACGAGGUGGCGCUCGAGCUCACGUUGAACAACGACGACAAGGCGGGCGACGAGCUCGUGGAAAUGCGCCUCUACAUCCCGGGCACCGUGGCCAGCGAGACCACCACGACCGUGCGCGCGGACGACGGCUCCGAAAAGCAGGAGGACGGCGUGGAGGAGGCCAGUGCCGCGUCCGUGUUCUACGACCAGUUGAAGGACAAGGCGGCCAUCGGCCAGGUGGCGGGCGAGGCCGUCGUGUCGUUCAGCGACGUGUUGUUCUUGACGCCGCGCGGCCGCUACGACAUCGACAUGUACCCCGGCUCGUUGCGCUUGCGCGGCAAGACCUACGACUACAAGAUCCAGUACAAGCAGAUCGAGCGCGUCUUCUCGUUGCCCAAGCCCGACGACAUCCACCACUUGGUCGUGUUGCAGAUCGACCCGCCGUUGCGCCAGGGCCAGACGCGCUACCCGUUCUUGGUGUUGCAGUUCACGCGCGAGGAGGAGACCGAGUUGGAGUUGAACUUGGCCGACAGCGUGUACGACGAGCGCUACAAGGACCGCUUGAAGAAGCUGUACGACUCGCAGACCCACUUGGUCAUGGCACACUGCUUGAAGGGCUUGACGGAGCGCCGCUUGGUCGUGCCCGGCGCCUUCCAGUCGCGCUUCCUCCAGGCCGGCGUGGCGUGCUCGCUCAAGGCCUCCGAGGGCUACUUGUACCCGCUCGACCGCUGCUUCUUGUUCGUCACCAAGCCCACCGUGUACAUCCCCUACUCGGAGGUCAGCAGCGUGACCAUGUCCCGCACCUCCACGGGCGUCUCCGCGUCGCGUACGUUCGACUUGGAGGUCAACUUGCGCGGCGGCAACCAGACACACACCUUCGCCAACAUCGACAAGGAGGAGCAGGAGACCAUCGAGAACUUCUGCAAGGACCGCGGCUUGCGCAUCAAGAACGAGGAGAAGAUGGCCAAGGCCAUGUUGGCCAAGGCCAUGACCGAAGAGGCCGACGACGACGACGACGACGCCGAUGUCGACAUGGGCAGCGCGGGCGAAGAUGAGAGCGACGACGACGACUUCGGCUCGGGCUCCGACUCCGACGUGGCCGAGGAGUUCGACUCGGAUGCGCCCGCGUCCGACUCGGACGCCGACAUGGAGGAGGCCGCCGCGAACACGGACGAGCGCCCGCCCAAGAAGAAGGCCAAGAACUAG